AUGUACCUCGCAAAUAUAUCACAUGAACAGAUGUCUUGUAGUACUUAUUCAUCAUUAUCGAGAACAUCUACAAAUAAAUCAAAGACUUUGCAUAAAAGUCCUAAUCUUAUUCAAUUAUGUAUGAAUUCAGAUGAAAAUUAUGCAUGUUGUACAAUAAAGAAAUUAUUUUCAACAUCUUGUCAUUAUUCAUUAAAUCUAUGUGAUCAAUUUGGAUGUAAUAUUCUUAUGUAUUCUCUUCGUUAUCAACGUUAUCGAUUAUUUGACAUUUUAUUAAAUGAAAUAUCGUUUGAUCUUAAUAUUCAUACAAAAGAUCAAGAAAAUAAUACAAUUCUUCAUUAUGCAAUUUUAUAUGGCGGAAAUAAUACACAAAUUAUUGAGAAAUUAAUUGAAAAAUAUAAGAAAUUUGCAAUGAAUAUUGAUGAAAGAAAUAGUUUUGGAUUUACUCCAUUACUUUUAGCUGCUUUCUGUGGACGAUAUGAUCUUGUUUUAACUUACCUAACUAAAACAGAUGCAUCACCAUUUGUUCGAGAUUCUAUUCAAUUUAAAAAUCUAUUUGAUUAUAUUAAACAUGACAAUCAACCAUAUACUUAUUCAAAUCCUAAAUUAAAACAUUUACGUAUUCAACUUCAACAAACGAUUCCUUCUCGACAAUAUUCUUAUAAAAAUUUUUUUGAAAUUAUUUCAUUACAAACUCCACAAAAUGAAUUGAAAACAUUACGUUUAAUAAUUAUGGAAUUAUUCAAUGUGCAAUAUUUAUCAUCGAAUAUGAUACAUCUUCUAAGUUAUUUACAUGAACGGUAUCCACGAAUUCAAGUUCAUCAACAACAACAAGAUAAUAUCAUAGCAACACAACUUAUCACUCAAGGAGAAAAUUCAAAAGUUUAUAUCCAUAAUAUUUUAAAUAUAUUCGAUCCAGAUAUAAGACCUAAAAUACCACUAAAAUUACCAACAAUUCAACCAAAAAAAUCAACAAGAUUUAAAAAAGUGGGUACUAAAAUAACAACACUUACUGCUUUCUCCCAUAUGUCACAGGGAAAAAAACAAUCAUUACUCAAAACAUAA